AUGCAUUGUGAGCCUCCCGACAUGGUCUGCGAGACGAAGAUCGUGGCCGCCGAGGACCAUGAGGCGCUCCCGGGGGCCAAGAAGGACGCGCUGCUCGCCGCCGCCGGCGCCAUGUGGCCCCCGCUGCCCGCCGCGCCUCCACCCGAGCCCCAGCCCCUGGGCGGAGCGGGGGGCGCGGGGCUGCCCGAGGGGCGCGGCGUGCACAUCCGCGAGUUCCGCGCGGCCGAGCAGGAGGCGGCGUGCCGCAUCUUCUACGACGGCAUCAUGGAGCGCAUCCCCAACACGGCCUUCCGCGGCCUGCGGCAGCACCCGCGCACCCAGCUGCUCUACGCCCUGCUGGCCGUGCUCUGUUUUGUCCUCACCCGCUCGCUGCUGCUGACAUGCCUGGUGCCAGCCGGGCUGCUGGGUCUGCGUUACUACUACAGCCGGAAGGUGGUCCUUGCCUACCUGGACUGCGCCCUGCACACGGACAUGGCCGACAUCGAGCAGUACUACAUGAAGCCCCCCGGCUCCUGCUUCUGGGUGGCCGUGCUGGAUGGCAACGUGGUGGGCAUUGUGGCGGCGCGGGCCCACGAGGCGGACAACACCAUGGAGCUGCUGCGUAUGUCCGUGGACUCGCGCUUCCGUGGCAAGGGCAUCGCCAAGGCGCUGGGCCGCAAGGUGCUGGAGUUCGCUCUGGUGCACAACUACUCCGCGGUGGUGCUGGGCACGACGGCCGUCAAGGUGGCCGCCCACAAGCUGUAUGAGUCUCUGGGCUUCAGACACAUGGGCUCCAGUGACCACCACGUGCUGCCCGGCAUGACCCUCUCGCUGGCCGAGCGCCUCUUCUUCCAGGUCCGCUACCACCGUUACCGCCUGCAGCUGCGCGAGGAGUGACGCUGCCCGCCGCCCGCCCGCUGCCUGGCCGCCCGUCCGCCUGCACCCUCCUGCCCACCGGGCUGCUUUCAGACGCUCACCUCGGCGUUUCUGUUGGGUUUUUCCUUUUUCAACAUCAUGUGGUUCUCUGGCUGGUUCUGGGGAGACGGGGCUAUUGCUCAUCCGUGACACUUCGGGGGGUGGGUCAUCUGCAGCCAUGGCCCCUGCCCUCCCUGGCCUGCUGGGGCCACGCCCUGAAGAGUGACCACCCCAAGCCCACACAGCUGCCUGGCCCUGGCUGGCAGGGCUCCUGGCCCACGGCCAUCGGGGCGGGCCCGGCCUAGCCCCUGAGCACAGAACCUCUCAGUGAGGCCCCUGCCCAGGGGAUCCCUGGCCACCCUCCAGGCUCUGCCUCAGCCGUUGGGCCCCAGGAGGCGUGGCCUGCUGGCCGGCCAGCCACUGUCUCACGGGCCUCUUUGCUCUGUGCAUGGUGACCAUGUGGCCCGGCUGCAGCAUGCUGCAUGCCCACAGCUCCUGCCCCGCUGCCCUGCCCCUUGGGCCGGCUGGGCAGUGCCCCUGCCCAGCCCUGAGCUAGCCCCGGGCAGCCACCUGCUUUCAGGAGGGCCGGUCUCAUGGGUCCCUUGCUUCACCCAGUUCCGCUUGGCUUUGACACCCAAUCACCUUCUUUCCUUUUGGUCGCCACCCCUCCCCUGCCCGGGCUUUGCUGAUUGGCGUCAUCACCCAGGUGUGGUUCCCAUAGAAACCUGCUGCACAGCCGUGGUCAGGGCCCUUCAGGAGAGCAGGAUGGGGAGGCUUCUCCCCCAGCGCCAGCUUGCUCGCAGUGGCCUCCCCCAGCCCCCAGGACCUCCCGCCUCACAGCCUGCCCUGAGAAUCUUACUAACCCAGGUCGCGGCCACCACUGAGCCCGCAGCUUCUCCCAGCCUGACACCGACCUGUUUUUUUAAUACGUUGUUUAGACAGAAUAGCACUCUGCAUGUCUUUAGUUCUUGGGACAAAGCGGUAGUUGAUACCCUCUCUCACACACACCUGUGUGGUCUAGAAUCUGCAUUA